CACUUCUCUCCAUUCACUGGAGAACAAAUGAGAUCCUAGGGAAAGGAGCUACCUCCUCCCCACACUCACACACACAGAUACACUCACACACAAAUACUCCACCCUCCUCUUCUCACUGGCUGCCUGCCCUCCACUGCUGGGGAAGAGGGUGACUUACAGUGCCCGCUCACUCAACCACUCACUCACAUACCCUGUGACUCAGAUCAGCCGACAGCUCCCUCUUCGAAGUCGAUACGAAUUCUCUCCGUGCCUCAGUUGAGGUCUCUCCAGCCUACCAACAGAGUAUUUUCCUCACAAUGAAAGUCACUACACAGGAUCAAAGAACAGUGUUGGGGAUGGAAGGGAUCUACUACGUGCCAGGUGGUGACUUCUCCAUGACCCUAACAAGGAAAAUGGCAGCCUGGGCAUUUCCGAAGGCAUUGGUUGUCCAUAUGAGUCUGUUCUUUUUCCUCCAAGGGAUCCAUGGCAGUAACCACAAAGAUGAGUUCAUAUUCUGUGGGGAAAGGAAUCAGACCCAUCUGAGCAACCUGACCUAUAUCCAGAGCCAUUCCUACCACAUUGUCAUCGAGAACACAGAAGAGGCCCUAACAAUCAAGGCCCCAUUCCCCCCCAAAACGUCCCCUGCAUUCUGGGCCUUCCCUUCUCCCCGGGGCCCAUAUCAUUUCUGCCUCUACUGGCUUCCAAAUGCCGAGAAGCUCCAGCUCACUUAUGGCAAGACUACCUAUGAGCUGAGUGACCAGGCCCGGCAAUUCCUCUGCUUCAGCCAUCUAGACACAGCAGUCCCAGUGCAGAGCCCCUCACUGCUCAACCCUUCCUACAGCUCCUGGAGAAAACCACAGAACACCAGCCUUCUCAGCAGCCAUCGAUACACCUUCUACUUCCAUGAUCCUCCUGGUGCCAUCUCUUCCCACAGUGGGUCAGUUGACAUGUGUGAACUGAAAUGGGAACUCCAGUCCCUCAGCGUGUUCUUGAGCAACCCUGGAAAGGCCGGCAGGAAGCUAUCACCAUCCUCUGCCAGCCAGCAUCUUCAGAACUUAGAGUCAAAAUUGGUGGGUGUCCACUUCAAAGGGGAUAAGGCUUCCUUCGAGGAGGAGAAGAUCAAUGCCACUGUGUGGAAACUGAGACCAGGAGUUAAGGAUCUACAUAUCCAUUCCAAAGAAAAGAUGGACCAGAGUACAGUGCAAGAGUACUCAGUGAAGCUGCCCAGAGCCCUGUUUGAAAAGGCCAAAGGCAGGAGAGGGGAGGCUGACAAGAGGCUCCUGUUAGUGGAUUUUAGCAGCCAGGCCCUAUUCCAGGACAAAAACUCCAGCCAAGUUCUCGGGGAAAAAGUCCUGGGUAUUGUUGUAGAGAACACCAAGGUGUCCAACCUCCAGGAACCUGUGGUCCUUACCUUCUGGCACCAGCCACAGCCGAAGAAUGUGACCCUACAAUGCGUGUUCUGGGAAGAGAACCCUGCCUCUGGAAGCCCCGGGAGCUGGAGUGAUUCUGGGUGCCAGACAAAGGUGGGGGACACAAACACAUCCUGCCUCUGCAACCAUCUGACUUACUUUGCUGUUCUGAUGGUCUCUUCUGUAGAGAUUGAUGCCAUCCACAAACACUAUCUGACUCUUCUUUCCUACAUCGGCUGCAUCAUCUCCGCAUUGGCUUGUAUCCUGACGAUUGCCAUCUACCUCUUCUCUAGGAGAAAGAAGAGAGACUACACCAUCAAAGUCCACAUGAACCUCCUACUCUCCGUCUUCUUCUUGGACCUGAGCUUUCUGCUCAGUGAACCUGUGGCUCUCCUGGAGAAUGAGAUGGGCUGCCGGACCAGUGCCAUCUUCCUGCAUUUCUCUCUGCUGGCCUGCCUCACUUGGAUGGGCAUUGAAGGCUAUAACCUCUAUCGGCUGGUUGUGGAGGUCUUCAGCACCUAUGUCCAUGGCUACCUGGUCAAGCUGUGCCUUGUGGGCUGGGGACUCCCUCUCUUUUUGGUGACGGUGACAGCAUUGGUGGAUGGGGAGAACUAUGGUUCUAUCAUACUCACUGUCCAGAAGUCAUCAGAAAAUGUCAUCUACCCUUCCAUGUGCUGGAUCAGGGACCCCAUCGUCAGCUACAUCAUGAACCUGGGCUACUUCUGCCUGGUGUUUCUAUUUAAUGCUGUGAUGCUGGUGACCAUGACGGUGCAGAUCCUGCGGCUGAACCAGCGUGGCCAGAAGUGGCAGCAUGCUCUCACCCUGUUGGGCCUCAGCCUGGUCCUGGGUGUCCCCUGGGCGCUGGUCUUUUUUGCCUUCACCUCAGGCAUCUUCCAGUUGGUUGUGCUUUAUCUCUUCAGCAUCAUCACUUCCUUCCAAGGCUUCCUGAUCUUCCUCUGGUAUUGGUCAAUGAAGCUCCAGGCCAAGGGCCCUUCCCCUCUGAAGAGCACCUCGGACAGCGUCAAGUUACCAAUCAGCUCUGGGAGCACCUCUGGCGGCCGCAUCUAGGCACCCAAGGGAACCUGCUUGCCCACUCUGUAGAGAUGAGGAGAAAAGGAGAAAGCCAGUUUGCCCUUGCCCUUCCUUCCUCCUCCUCACACCCCUCACUGUCCUUGGCUCCUGUGUGGACUCUUAUCAGACUGUCUCAAUGGAUUUCUCCUACACAGUCCUGAUGACUGGUCUGGACUCUUGGCCUCCAGAAUCUAGCAGAACAGAGGAGUGAGGGGGCUUUCUCCAGCCUCAGAAGUGAUGCCUACGUUGAUGGCUGUAAUCAGGAGGAAAGGGAUGUGAGGUGUCACAUCACACGGAAUGAAAACCAUCUUUGAUGCUGGGUUGGGAAAAGGGAGAUACUAAGCUUGAAUGAAGUGAUGGGAGGAAAGAAAUGAGACACCGUUUUUUGGUUCUGAUCCUUGUUCUGUCAUCCCACAAUGAGGCUAAACCUUGAAACUGAGCUUCAGAAAUUCUGACUUGAUCUCUGGUCAGCUUUAGCCUGGGGACCACACAAAGAACAGCCCCUGACCCAUUCUUGAGAACUGAAAGGCUGGUUCCAUGUAAAAUCUUUUUUUUCUGAUUUCAGUUCAACAUGAGGGGGGAAACAUUCUAACAAUUAAAGUUAUCCCCAAAAUAGAAUAGGUUACUUCAUGAGGUAUUGAGUUCCCUCUCAAUGGAAGCAUUCAAAUAAUCAAAUGUUUGUCAGGGAUACAGUAAAUGGGAUUUCUCCCAAAGCAGAAUCCUAUCAAACUCAGAGCAGCUACAGAAUGUUCUGGAUUUCUCUACACUAACUAUGACCUAGGACUGGAGGGAUAUCUCAGAUGCCAACUAAUUCCUAUUUCCCCUUGUUUGAAGAGCGAGACCAGCCACUCCUGGCCUGGGCAAGUCAUCAGGGUUUAGGGCAGAAAUGUCAGGGCCGUUAGUCCUCAGAUAUUGGUGGUCUAGAAAGCUCAUACCAUCUUCUGCCUCCUACCCCAAUAGCAUGGCAUAAUGGCCACCUUUCCCUGGCCUCUUCCCCAAAUUUUGACAUCACUUUUCUCAUUUUCAUCAAUUGUUCCAAUAUUAGGGAAAACUAAAAUGUUUCAUGGGAAGUAAUGAAGAGAGAGAAGAGCCUGGGGAAUCAGAAAUGAAUAAUUUAGAAAGAAAAAGCCCAAAUGGAUCACUUACCCUACUGAGUAGGAUUUGAAAUAAAAGCCGCCCCCCCCACAUACACACACACACACACACACACACACACACACACACACACACACACACACAUAUCCAGCUAUCUAUACUGCCCUAAUUUGGAGACCAAAUAACAUUAGAGCUGGAAAGGACCCUUGGAAAUCAUGUAGUCCAAUCCUCUCAUUUCACAGAUGGGGAAAUUGAAGUCCAGAGACAGGCUGUGAUAUAUCCAAGGUCACAAAGUCAAGCCUCCAUCAUUACUGUCCUCUGCCAUACUGCCUUUUCACAAGAACAAAUCUCUCUUUUGAGCCCACAAGAACAGACAGAAUUGGGGAGUUGUGGUCUCCAGAUUCAACUCCCCUAGAGGCAUCGUUCUGCUCCUCUCCUCUCCUCUCCAGUCAAUUCACCUUUUUGGGAUAGUCUUUUUUUUUUAAGUAGAUGUCAUACACUGUGCUUGUAUAUAUUUUUAUAUUGUACAUAGUCUGUGGUUUUGAUCAGUGUAUUCCUUCCUUUGACUUUGGCUUAUUAAAGGGUAUAUGUGCUGUCAAUCUUCUCAGCUUCUUCUGAAACUACCCUCUCACCCCUCCAAACGGGGUGGAUGCCAUGAUGAAAACCAUAGUCAGUACAGUCAAAUAGGAUACUGGGGUUAGCACUUCAGUAGUCGAUCUGCAGAAGAAGCAAUGGAAGGAGUCCUAACAUUGAAUUGGAUUAAAAAAAUUGGGAUGGGAUUCCCAAGGCAGAGAGGCAGAGAGUAGGGCAGCAGAUUUAUGAAAUAGCUUGUCAAUUUUGAAAUAUAUUUGUCUCCUGACAAAAGGUGAAGGGAACACUAAAGUAUCACAGCUUUAGUGAAGAAUCUUUAGUAAAUUGGCUAGAGUCUGAGGGCCUGGGGUUGGCAUCCUAUUUCAGAUACUUCCUGUGUGACCUUGGUCAAGUCAAUCUCUCUGGGUCUGCUUCCUCAUCUGUAAGAAGUUGUCAGCAAAAUGACUAAUACAGAAAAAUAUAUUCUUGCACAUGUAAAAUCUAUAUCAGCUUCUUUUCCAUCUCAGGGAGGAGAGGGGGAAAUUCAGUGCAAAAAUUUUUUAAGUUUGAAAUUGUUUUUACAUGUAAUCAAGGAAAAAAAGAAAAUAUUUUUUAACAAAAAAGAAAACCUGAUCAUUUUGCAGAUGAGGAAACAGAUCUACAAGAGGGAAAUUGUCCAAAGUGACAUAAAUUGCAACAGUGGGAUUUGAACCCAGGUUCUCUGCCUUCAGACUCUUUGCCUCUUAGUGAAAGGAGGCAAGAAGGCUCAGCAGAUGAGGGAGACUAACUGAUAUCCUAUCACCAUCAAAAAUUAACCAUUCUGACUCCCAUCUUUCGAGGGCCUGCUAAGUGAGAGGUGGCUAAUAUGAUAAGCCAAUUUGGGCUUAGCUAUUGGUAGGUACUAAAAGAUAACAAGUUGGCCAUCUGACAGAACAAGGGCCUUCUGGUGACAAAAUGCCUUAUCCUAAAUCCCCUCUGAUAGAGGAAAUCUCAGCCAUCAAAGUCAGGUUGAUGGCUAGAAUAUUUUGAAAUAAUUUAUCAUAGAAUAUAGAACUGGGAGAAGGGGACUUUUUUUUUUUUGAGAAGGGGACUUUUGAAACAGAUCAUCCUAUGAUUAGAUUAUAGAAUUUUGAGAUGCAAUCAUUAGAGAUCACCUAGUUCUUCCUCCUUUUACAGAUGAGAAAAUGGAGACCUAGAGAUGUCAGAUGACCUGUCCAAUGAAACACAGCUUUUAAGGGCAAGAAUUAGGAUUGAAUGUAGGUUCUCUUACUUCAAAUUUCAGGUUAAUUCUAAUAUACACUAAUACUUUCAUUUUAUACUAGGAAACUGUGAGCCAUAUAGGGAAUGAAAGUGGUCUUGAGUUUGAUGAGCUGAUGAAGAACAAAGAUCAGAAACCAAGUCUUCAGUCUUCUGGUCCAGGGCUCUCGCAGGAUAAAAAGGCAGUCUCCUAUUUUGUCUAUGUGUUAUCUUGUCCUUCUAUCUACCCCUGCCUAGAUGACUCCCUUAUUUAAGAAGUAAGGGCCAUAGCUAAGAAUUUUUUUGAACCCAGGGCAAAGACAGAAGGGGAACCAGCUGUGGCUGUGGUCUAGGCAUUUUGGUCUAAAAUGUAGUCUCAAUGAGUAGAGGGGAUGUUCUAGGUCUUGCCCUUCACCCCAGGAGAAUCCUAGAGGAGGGACGUGUGGGUCCAGGAGACAGAAAGCAUGGCAGGACCCUGGGUGUGACAACUAGACCACUAGAAGAUCUCAAGGAGAGACAGGAGGAGGGAGUGUGGCUUCACCUAGAUCAUUCCUGGGCAAUACUACAUUCCCCUUAGUUAGUUACAGCUCUGGCCUCCAUCACUGAGAGUCUGAUUCACUCUCCAUCCAUGAAUCUGAGAUAUCAGCCUCUCUAUAGAGUACUGACCUGCUUUUCACUCUCCUCUAUUAAGGGAACGAUUAUUCCCCUCAGGGGGUUUCUGAGAAGGGCUUGGAAGGGUGUGUUUGAAAACCAUGGGCUCAUUUAGGCUAUAUUUUGAACGUUUCACAGCUGCUCCAGGACCUCUGGGGGAAGAGGUGGCCUGGGGAUGGAAUAAUGGUGGUGCUGGAGGCCACAGCUGUUCCUUCCUGAUUCCAUUAGCUCUGGACUUUUUAAUUCAUCCCCCACUGCUGCCAAGCUCCAUGUUAUUCACAGCUGGGAGCUCUCGAUGCAUGAAUUAGUCUAUAGCUGUGACUGCAGCCCUCUCAGACCUGCUUUCCCCUUGCUCUGUUGAUCCUGUAUUUUCCGGGAAAGCUCAAUCAUCCCAGGUAUUGAGCUCUUCUUCCCCAAGACUCCCCACCCUCUUCUCCAAGAAUCUCAAAACCCUUUGUACACAGGCUCCCAUCUAAGCUUCCAUGUGUGCUAUUCAGGGCUGAUCUGUCUCUUUUUGGGGGGGAGAUAUAAUGCAGGGUAUUAUUUUAUCUGAAAUUCAUGCACCAUCUCAGCAGAAAGGCAGCUCCAUCCUCUUGCCUCCAGCUAUCCAUUGGGGUGUCUAGGAAUUAAAAAUAGUGGACAUGAGUCAGGGCAGCUUUGCCUGACUUCCUGACUUAGUAUCUCCUCCUCACUCCCUACAUCCUUCAGGUGACACUGGAUAGACCCAAGUCUAAGCCUCAGUCAUGUAUUGGGGGAUUAGGAACAUUGAUCUAUUCUAUGUAGACAGAGGGUCUGUGUUUUGGGAGGAGAGAAGAGGUAAGUCAGAAGGAAGGUAUCCGGAGAAUGGUGAAAGAAGUUAUAGAGGAAAUAGAAAUUUGAGUUCUUGAGUUCUUGGGCAGUUUCCAGUUUGAUAGAUGAGACUGAACAUGUGAAAGGAGAAGAAGUAGUAAUACACCAAGAGUUGGUGGUGGAAAAUGAGUGUUUUCUUGUGCAUAUUCCCUACAGACUGAUGGGAGAAAUUGGAGGGCAGCUAAGUGGUAUAAUGGAUAGAACACUGAGACAGGAAAAUAUCUAAUUGAAUUCAAAUCUGGUCUCAGACACUUACUCUCUGGGUGACUCUGGGGAAGUCAUUUAACACUGUUUGCCUCAGUUUCCUCAGCUAUAAAAUAAGUUGGAGAAGGAAAUGGCAAAUCACUCCAGUAUCUUUGUCAAGGAAACCCCAAAUAGAGUCAUGAAAAGCCAAAUACAACUGAACAACUAUUAGUCUGGUGCCCAGGAUGGUGGAGCACAGAGAGAGCUGGCUUUAGAGUCAGAAGACCUGAGUUUAAGUCAAUUUUAAUACUUACUAUUGAUUACUAUUGAUUGAGAGCCAGUCUUAAAGAUAGGUUCAAAUCUGGCCUCAAACAAUUCCCAGCUACAUAACCCUGGGCAAGUCACUUAACCCUCAUUGCCUAUCCCUUUUCUGCCUUGGAAUCAACACACAGUAUUGCUUCUAAGACAGAAAGUAAGGGUUUAAAAAAUACUAUAAUAUAUGACCUUGGGCAAGUCACUUAAUGAACAAGCAUUUAUUAAAUGCCUUCUCUGUGCUAGAUUUGGGCCAUAAAUGAAAUAGUUCUUAUAGCUGAAGAGUUUGCAUUCAUUUUAAAAAUAGAUUUCAUGAUUUCUUUUGCUUUACAUCACCAAGAUCAGUGAACCUUUUAGAGACUGAGUGCCUGAACUGCAAACCUCAUGCCGCAUUGAGCCUCUCUACCCCUCUGCCUUACCCCAGACAGGGGAGGGAGGAAGUGCUCCCAUUAGGCUACUGGGCAGAGGGGCAGUGAUGUGAGAAAUGUACUCAGGAGCAGAUGGAGAGGGGGAGGGAAGCAGCUCCCUUCAACACACAUGCCAUAGGUUUGCCAACAUGGAUCUAGAUUUUCCCUUGAAUUCCUCCUCUUGUCCUUUCUCAGAGAGUCAUUCCUUAUAAUCAUGAAUUUUUUAAUAGAGAAAGAAGAAAAAAAAUCAGCAAUACUGUUUGAUACAUCAAAAAAAUUAUCAUAUAAAUGGUCCAUACUUGUAGACCCCCACUUGGUCUGCAGAGAAAGGGAGGGAGAGGACAGCUCUUCUUUGCAGCCAAGUCUACUCUUUAUAGGUUUACAAUAUUGAUUCUAACUUGUUUUGUGGUGGUUGUUCUUUCCAUUUCCAUUGGUCUAGUCAAUGUACAUAUUAUUCUCCUGGCUCCACUUUUCUUCACUUUGUAUCAGUUCAUGUAGGUCUUUACAUGCUGUUGUUUAUUCAUUACAUUCACUGUUUCUUAUAGCACAGUAAUAUUCCAUUCCAUCCAUGUACUACAAUUUCUGUAGCUAUUCCCAGUUUAUGAGAAUCUACUUGGUUUCCAGUUUUUUGCUCACACACACACACACACACACACACACACACACAAAUGCUGCUAUAAACAUAUUGAUGUAGAGGGACUUUUUUUUCAUCAAUCACCUUGGGUACAUGCUUAGUAGAAUACCUAAUUAAAGGGUAGGAUGUUUUAGUCACUUUGUUUGCAUAAUUAUAAAUUAUUUUCCAGAAUAAUUGUACUAAUAAUAAUUAUACUAAUUCUCAGCUCCAGUAAAAAUUCAGUAGUGUGCCUGUCUUUCCACAGACCUCCAGCAUUGACUAUUCCCAUCCUUAGUCAUCUUUGCCAAUUUGAUGGGUAUGAGGAGAAAUUUCAGUACCAUUUGGAUUUGGAUUUUUCUUAUUAUUAGUGAUUUAGAUUAUUCUUUCACAGGGCUGUUAAUAGUAAAUCUUAUUCUAAGAAUUGUUGUUUAUAUCUUUUGGCUACUUGUCCAUUGGGGAAUAAAUAUUGAUCUUAUGUAUUUUUGUUAGUUGUCUAUAUAUAUAUAUAUCGGAUUCCAAAACUUUUUAGAUAUUUUGAUACUCAGAUGCUUUCUCUGUUGGUUGAUUUUUUCUUAUUCUAGAUGUAUUAAUUUUGUUUGUACAAAUGAUCUUCAAUGUCACAUAAUCAAAAUGAUCUAUUUUGCCUUUUUUAAUUGCUUUUAUUCCUUCAUUGGUUGAGAUUUCAUCAGGGAUGCUAUGUUUUACCAGGAGGGACAUCAUGUACAUAUAAAACAAUAUAUAAAAGUU